AUGGCCGCCCAGUCGACACUCCGGCGCCCGGAGGAUCCCCUCCUGGCGCUGUACCUACACUACUCAGAAUUACUCCGCUCGCGUCUGAAGCGCACCUCUCCGACGACUCGACUGAUCGCCACCGUCGCGCUGCUAUUAUCGAUCAUCGGCUCGGGAUAUGGAGGAUACAACUGGUUCCGUGAGCGGGCUAAGGACCGCGCUCAAGGCCGUCGAUUGCUUCGACGAAACUCUGGCAUCAGAGGCAAAGAUGGAUCCCGUACCAUCUAUGUUCCUUACAAAGGUGAACGGACCUCCAAGGUCUUGAUUCAUCCGACCAAGCCGACCACCUUUGAUGCCCACCGGCGACUAUUCUUGAACCCUCCGGCAUCAGCUCGCAGUGCUGAAGAUGGAUCAACGAAUCAGAUUCCCCCGCCGACAACCAAACCUGGCCUAAAUCUGGCCUUCUUACACCAGUUUUUAAGUUUGGGAAGCAUCAUGGUUCCGCGCUGGGGCAGCAAGGAGACUGGAUUGCUGAUGAGCCACGGCGUAUUCCUGCUGUUACGAACGUACCUGUCGCUGCUUAUCGCACGACUGGAUGGUGAGAUCGUUAGAGAUCUGGUCGCUGGCAAAGGCAAGGCCUUCCUUUGGGGUAUCGUCAAGUGGUGCGGCAUCGGUACUCUCGCCUCGUACACGAACGCCAUGAUCAAGUUCCUGCAGUCCAAGGUAUCGAUUGCCUUCCGAACUCGGUUGACGAGGUAUAUCCAUGACCUGUACUUGACCGAAAACCACAACUUUUACAAGUUGAUGAAUUUGGAUGGCGGCAUCGGUCAAGGCCCCGAUCAAUUCAUCACGCAAGAUCUCACUCUCUUCUGCACGGCCGCGGCAUCGCUAUACUCGUCGUUGGGCAAACCGAUGGUGGAUCUAUUCGUAUUCAACUACCAACUUUACCGUUCACUUGGUCCUCUUGCCCUGAGUGGAAUUCUUACUGGAUACUUUAGUACGGCUGUGGUGCUCCGGAAGCUGUCACCGCCAUUCGGAAAACUCAAAGCCGUGGAGGGCAAGAAGGAAGGCGACUUCCGGGGCCUGCACUCCAGACUCUUGGCCAAUGCUGAGGAGAUCUCGUUUUACGGAGGAGCCGACACCGAGCGUGUUUUCCUUAUCAGGAGCUUCAAGGAGUUACAGAGGUGGAUGGAGGGGAUCUACAGCCUCAAGAUCCGCUACAACAUGCUCGAGGAUAUGAUCUUGAAGUACUCCUGGUCCGCUUUUGGCUACUUGGUGACCUCUUUACCCGUCUUCCUUCCCGCCUGGGGUGGCUUGGGUGGCGCGAUGGAAUUGGCCGAUGCGCCAGAAGGUGUAGGCCGCGAGCGAGGCAGAAUGAAGGAGUUCAUCACUAACAAGCGGCUUAUGCUUUCGCUUGCCGAUGCAGGUGGCCGCAUGAUGUACAGUAUCAAGGAUAUCUCGGAACUGGCAGGGUACACGUCGCGAGUCUACAGCCUGAUCGCUACACUGCAUCGUGUUCACGCAAGUGCCUACUACCCACCUCGCGGCUCGCAUCCCGAGCUUUACUCCCUUGCUGAUGCCCAGGGUACUACCCACAAUGGCUUUGACGGUGUCCGCCUAGAGCAGGUCCCUGUCGUAGCGCCAUCACUCUACCCCAUGGGUGGCGAUGAGCUGAUUGAGUCGCUAUCUUUCAUCGUUCACUCUGGCGACCACCUGCUCAUCUCGGGACCAAACGGCGUUGGCAAGUCUGCAAUUCCACGCAUUGUGGCUGGCCUGUGGCCUGUCUACCGGGGCCUUGUCAGUCGGCCGCGGUCCAUUGGACUCGAUGGUAUUAUGUUCCUCCCCCAGCGACCAUACCUGAGUGUGGGUACCUUGCGUGACCAAGUUAUCUAUCCUCACACCGAGAUUGAUAUGCGUGAGGCUGGCGAGUCCGAUGCAAACCUGCAGAAGAUCCUCGAUGCUGCACACCUCGGCUACCUACCUCAACGCGAGGGUGGCUGGGAUGCUCGUAAGGAGUGGAAGGACGUGCUGAGCGGUGGAGAGAAGCAGCGUAUGGCCAUGGCCCGUUUAUUCUAUCAUGAACCUCGCUACGCAUUCAUCGACGAGGGAACUUCAGCCGUUUCCUCCGACGUGGAAGGCGUGCUAUACGAGCAAGCCAAGGAGCGCGGCAUUACCCUCAUCACCAUUUCCACCCGUGCAUCUCUCAAGAAGUACCACACCUACAACUUGACCCUCGGACUCGGCGAAGAAGGCGAACUUUGGGAGUUUGAAAGAAUCGGCACCGAGAAGGAGAAACUCGGAGUCGAGAAGGAACUCCAGGAGCUGCGCAAGCGUCUGGACAAUGUAGACGAAUGGAAGAGGCGUCGGGAGGAAAUCGAGAAUGAACUUUGCAAAGUUUGGGCCCGUGAUGGAGAGAUUGCUCCCCCUCCUUACCAGGAAGAGGAGGAAGCGAAGGAGACUGCCGUUGAGGCGGUUGUUGAAGAGACCAUGACUUGA